UUUUAUGUAUUUGGUGACCCUUCCUUUGUGAAAUGUCUGUUCAAGUCUUUUGCCCAUUUUUUAAUUGGUUGUCUUUUUUCUUAUUCAACUGUAGGAUAUUUUCAUAUAUUCUGUAUACAAUAAUUUUUUCAGAUGUUUUGUGCAUCUUUUUACUCAGUCUGUUCCUCAGUUUAUUUUCUUAACUGCUUUAUAGAAGUUUAUAAAUUUAUUAAUAGAUUAUACCUAUUAUAUUAAUACAUGUGAUUAAAAACAAACUUUUCCUUUUUAGGCAUGUCAAAUAAAACUUUAUACAAUCUUUGAGAGAAAGGUGACCCAUCAAUUUUAUAAAUGUGUGUUCACUGAAAAAAGUCAGAAAAAAGUAAAUAUGCAAUAGUAAUAAUCACAGCUAACUUGCAUAAAGAACUUGUUUGAGGCCCCAGGGCCCAUCAAUUUCACCAUGUUCCUGACCAUGUUUGGUGAGAAGUUAAAUGGCACAGAUCCUGAAGAUGUCAUCAGAAACGCCUUUGCUUGCUUUGAUGAAGAAGCAACAGGCACCAUUCAGGAAGAUUACCUAAGAGAGCUGCUGACAACCAUGGGGGAUCGGUUUACAGAUGAGGAAGUGGAUGAGCUGUACAGAGAAGCACCUAUUGACAAAAAGGGGAAUUUCAAUUACAUCGAGUUCACCCCCAUCCUGAAACAUGGAGCCAAAGACAAAGAUGACUGAAAGAACUUUAACUAAAAUCUUCCAGUUACAUUGUCUUACUCACUUUUAUUUCUCAGACACUUCCCCCACCCUCAUAGAACCUGUUGCAUGCAACUUAAUUUCACAGCUUUGCCUCUUCUUUUUGAUGUAUUUAUUCCAGAACUUUCUGCCACUUAGCACUUGUAUAAUCAGACUGGAAAUGGGGAUGAGGGUGCAAAUUGUAUUGAAAAAGAGAUCGAGAAUAAAAAUCAACAAAUGUGAAAGCCCAAAAAAAAAAAAAAAAAAAAAAGAA